AAGAGAUGGGAAGGGCAUCCAUUUAACCUCUUCUUGCCUGCAGCCCACGGAGCCUGGAGUCAAAAAGAAUCAUGGGGUCCGGGGCUGAGCUGUGCACUCUCUUAGGCAGACUGUUGUUCCUCCUGCUACUGAUGUCAGGCGAGGGGGCCAAGGAUGAAUCCCUCAAAGAGAGUCAGGGGGUCUGCUCUAAGCAGACACUGGUGGUCCCGCUCCGCUACAACGAGUCCUACAGCCAACCGGUGUACAAGCCCUACCUGACCCUGUGCGCUGGAAGGCGCAUUUGCAGCACCUACAGGACCACGUACCGCGUGGCGUGGCGAGAAGUGAGGCGGGAGGUGCAGCAGACUCACGCCGUGUGCUGCCAGGGCUGGAAGAAGCGGCACCCGGGAGCGCUCACCUGCGAAGAAGCCAUCUGCGCCAAGCCUUGCCUGAACGGAGGCGUCUGCGUUCGGCCGGGCCAGUGCGAGUGCGCCCCGGGCUGGGGAGGGAAGCACUGUCACGUGGACGUGGAUGAAUGCAGGACCGGCGUCACUCUAUGCUCACACCAUUGUCUCAACACGGCGGGGAGCUUCACAUGCGGCUGCCCCGACGGCCUGGUGCUGGGCCCAGAUGGGCACACCUGUGUGGAGGGGUCCCCGGAACGCCCAACUAGUGCCAGCAUCCUCAGUGUGGCCGUUCGGGAGGCGGAACAAGAUGAGCGCGCCCUGAGGCGGGAGAUUCGGGAGUUGCGAGGGCGCCUGGAGCGGCUGGAACAGUGGGCUGGUCAGGCCGGGGCCUGGGUCCGAGCUGUGCUUCCCAUGCCACCCGAAGAGCUGCAGCCAGAACAGGUGGCCGAACUGUGGGGCCGGGGCGACCGGAUCGACUCUCUCAGCGACCAGGUGCUGCUGCUGGAGGAGAGGCUGGGUGCCUGUUCCUGUGAGGACAACAGCCUGGGCCCUGGUCUCAAUCAUCGAUGAGGAGCAAACGCAGAGCCCCUGCCCCCUAAUUUAUACAGAAACUGGACCCACUAAUCCUCUGGGAUUGGCUGACUGGAAGUUGCAGAUAAGGCUAUCAGCCACCAGGGAGCAAUGAGCAAUGGACACUUCAGAGAGCUGAAGAAAGGAGGAAAGCGGCUUGGCCCACCCCUGAGUCAUCUGGCUGGGGGUAGGUUGCCUGGGCUAGGAUUCCUUCUUCAACUCCUUAAAAAAUGCAACCAGCAAGCACCCAGAUCUCUCUCUCUCUCUCUCUUUAUUCUCGGUUUCUUGCUGUUAUCCAGAUAAUUAAUAAAAACCAA